AUGGCGUCACCACAGGGAGGCUACCCUCCUCAGGAGGGUUACGGGCAGGCGCCAGCUCAGCCUCCAGUACCUGGCCCAGCUCCAUCCGGUGCAGCUGGACAUAGAAAGAAGCGUGCUUAUGCUGGAGAGGCCUUUGACCUCGGAUCGGGAGCCAAUGCUGCUCUUGGAGGACAGCAAAAGGCUGGUGGCGACUAUCCAGCGUAUGCUGCCCAGGCCGCAGCCGCGGGCUAUGCACAACCUGGAUAUGGAGUCGAUCCUGCUGCUGCUGCUGCUGCUGCUGCUGGAUAUGCUGCACCACAACCUCCUGCUGUGGGCGGAUAUCAACCACCUGUAGCUGGAUAUCCUGGUCCUGCAACUGCUGGCGUUGCUCAAAUCACCCAGCAAUUUGGUCAAAUGGGGGUGGCUGAUCCAGUGCAGCAGGCGGUACCUCCGCAGCAAGUUCCAAGAGCUGCUCCUUUGAACCAGUUAUACCCUACUGAUCUACUGACGCAACCAUUCAACGUUGCUGAGCUUGACUAUCCUCCUCCGCCAAUCAUUCUACCACCAAAUACAAGUAUUUAUCCCUCGCCUUAUGCGAACUGCCCACCCAAGUACGUGCGUUCCACCUUGAACGCCGUCCCGACAAAUCACUCGCUCCUCAAGAAGUCGAAACUCCCCUUUGCACUUGUCAUUCAACCAUAUGCAGCACUCCACGACGCCGAAGAUCCCAUCCCCGUCAUUCCAGAUCAGGUCAUUUCUCGAUGCAGACGAUGCAGGUCAUAUAUCAACCCCUUUGUGUCGUUUUUGGAUCAGGGUCAUCGCUGGCGUUGCAACAUGUGCAACUUGACCAAUGACGUUCCUCAGUCAUUUGAUUGGGACACAGCCUUGCAAAAGCCAGCAGAUCGUUCUCAGCGUCCGGAACUGAAUCAUGCCGUGGUGGAAUUUGUUGCUCCUCAGGAAUAUAUGGUGCGACCACCACAACCAUUGGUAUACCUGUUCUUGAUCGAUGUUAGCUAUGCAUCGGUGACGAAUGGGCUUCUCGCAACGGCUGCUCGAUGCAUUAAGGAGAGCUUGGAUCGUAUUCCUAACGCUGAUCGAAGGACACGACUUGGCUUUUUGGCUGUUGACUCCAGCCUCCAUUACUUCACCAUUCCUCGGGAUGGAUCAGAGAAUUCCGCUCCUAAGAUGCUCGUCGUUAGCGACCUGGACGAGCCUUUCUUGCCUAUUCCCGGUGACCUGCUGGUUACAUUGUCUGAAUGCCGUGAGAAUAUUGAGAGUUUCUUGGACAAACUACAGGAGAUGUUCCAAAACACCCAAAACGGCGGAUGCGCUUUGGGGUCGGGUCUUCGUGCAGCUUACAAGCUGAUCUCUCAUGUUGGCGGAAAAAUCACUGUGCUGUCGUCGUCGCUUCCCAAUGUCGGCCAUGGCGCGCUUACCGUGCGAGAGGAUAAGAAGGUUCUGGGCACUAGCAAGGAAAGCAGUCUUUUGCAAACUGGUAACAGCUUCUACAAGAGUUUUGCCGUGGAGUGCUCCAAAGCUCAAGUUUCAAUUGAUAUGUUUUUGUUCUCGUCACAAUACCAGGACGUUGCCUCCCUUAGCAACCUCCCUCGCUACACCGGUGGCCAGACCUACUUCUACCCUGGAUGGAAUGCAGCCCGCACAGAAGAUGCUAUCAAGUUCGCUCGGGAGUUCUCUGAUUAUCUUUCGUCUGAGAUUGGUUUGGAAGCUGUUUUGCGCGUGCGUGCCACCACGGGUCUCCGUAUGAACACAUUCUACGGCAACUUUUUCAACCGCAGCUCAGAUCUUUGCGCAUUCCCAGCCUUCCCUCGCGAUCAAGCAUACGUUGUUGAAGUCGCGAUUGACGAGACGGUCACUAAGCCUGUUGUCUGCUUACAAACUGCUGUGCUCCACACCACUUGCAACGGCGAGAGACGCAUUCGAGUAUUGACCUUGGCGUUGCCGACUACUCAGACAUUGGCCGAUCUUUAUGCAUCAGCUGAUCAGCAGGCCAUCACUACUUACUUCAGCCACAAAGCUGUCGAGCGCGUGCUAUCGAACGGAUUGGAGCCUGCUCGCGAGGCUAUUCAGUCAAAGAUGAUAGAGCUCUUGUCGACGUACCGUAAGGAGCUUGCCGGUGGUAGUGUGGGCGGCGGUGGUCUACAGUUCCCUGCUAAUAUGCGGGCAUUGCCUGUUCUGUUCCUUGCCUUGAUCAAGAACCUCGGUCUUCGUAAGUCGGCACAGAUCCCUACGGAUAUGCGAUCGGCUGCGCUGUGUCUACUUUCGACUUUGCCACUGCCGCUUAUGAUUCAGUAUAUCUACCCGAAAAUGUAUUCUCUGCACGACAUGCCAGACGAUGCAGGUCUACCCCACGAACAGACCGGGGAGAUCGUCCUCCCUCCUCCUGUCAAUUUGUCAUCAGAGCGAUUAGUGCCGUAUGGUCUGUACUUGAUUGACGACGGACAGACGCAAUUCCUCUGGGUUGGCCGAGACACUGUUCCUCAGUUACUUCUCGACGUCUUCGGAGUCGCCGACAGGAACCAAUUACGGGUAGGUAAGCAGUUCCUUCCUGAACUCGAUAACGACUUCAACGAACGGGUGCGUGCCGUCAUACAAAAGAGCAAGGACUACAAGGCCAAGGGCGCUGGAAGUAUCGUCUCUCCUCAGUUGUACGUCGUCAAGGAGGAUGGUGAACCUGGCUUGCGACUUUGGGCACAGACAAUGUUGGUAGAAGACCGGGCGGAUCAGAGUGUUAGUCUGCAACAAUGGAUGGGAACAUUGCGCGAUAAGGUAUGCUCCUGAUUUUCUGCCUUGAAGCUGACUCGAGACUAACUUUUUAUGUGAUAGGUUGUGCAAUGAUGAUGUUGAAUAAUACUAUUGACUGAUUGUUUAGAUCAUGUAGCGUCAAGCAUUUCAAUGAGAAUAAAUCCGAGUUCGUUCCUAG